AUGUCGAAUGAACGUGAUGGGACUGUGACGGUUUACGUGGGUGAUUUAUCAGAACAUGCAUCAGAAGAAGAUAUCAGGAGCACAUUUAGCACUUAUGGAACAAUAGAAAAUAUGUGGUUAUCCAGGAAACCAGCUGGAUAUGGUUUUAUUGAUUUUCGACGUCAUCGUGAUGCUGCUGAUGCUGUUCGUGCACUCAAUGGAAAAUUGAUUGGCGGCUCAAGUGUCCGCGUAGAAUUUUCUCACGGACGUGGACGGAUGAAAGCAUCAGAACGUACUCAUCGAAAACUACGUAGUCCUUCAUCUUCUGUACGACGACGUUUUAGUCCACGUGAUGUUUGUUAUGAAUGUGGCAGUCGUGGUCAUUACGGUUAUGAUUGUGAGAUUCGAUUACGACGUCAACAACGAAAUCGAUCCAAACAAAGAAGUCGCAGUCCUAGACGACGACGAACACAUCGCCAUAACGAACAAUCAUCAUCACGACGUUCCAAAAGAGACCAUCGACGUAGUCGAUCAAAAAAUCGUUCGCGUUCAAAAUCAGACAGUUAUUCUCGAUCGCGUUCACGAUCUCGCUAA